UUGUACUUACGAAGUUAUGUGAUUAGAGUUGUCAUCCAAGAACAGCGGUUUUCAGCAUCUGAUGGAAUAAUCCGUACCUACUUGCACGCUUAUUUGCCUACCAAUUUGACUAUCAAAGGAUCGCCGUUUCGGCCGUAUCUGACUCAACAAGAUGUGGACAAGAUGCUAGGGCCAUACUUGGUUCUAGCGUUGACACUUGUAACAUCACCCUUUGUUAUUUUCUUGAUCGAAGAACGUGUUAGCAAGUUUGCACAUCAGCAGUUUUUGACGGGCGUUUCUCCAGUCUUAUUCUGGACAUCCUCGUUCCUCUUCGAUUUUCUCUUCUACUCCAUUGUUUGCGCAUGUUUCUUCGUAGUGUUCAUAAAAUGUGGUUGGAUGCAAGGUUAUCUCGGAUUCGUGAUUCUGCUGUUUGCUCUAUACUUUUGGUCAUGUGUGCCAUUCAUUUACGCCAUGUCCUUCAUAUUUUCAUCGUCAUCGAAGGCGAACGUCUUUCUUAUUCUUUGGCAACUGGUGGCUGCUUACGUUGCUAUGAUGUGCGUAAUUUUCUUCACUCUCGGCGAUAUGAUACAGUCGCACUUCAGCGAGAUGAUCAGGGUAACUGCAUUUUUCAUCGCUUAUUUUCCUUAUUGCUUAGGCAAGUUUUGA